CUUGAUCUUUGGGGAGAAGGAGGGACUCUCUAACAUACUGUCUAACAGAACCUGACCUAUUCUCUCCUGAACACUGUGGUUAAAUCACCACCACCACAACAAUAACAAAUUAAUCAAAUCAAUUGUCAAAAUUUUUUCUUUGUCGACCAAGAAGUGAGUUGUGUUUGCGCUGAACAGAGUUUAGUGAGACAGACCAUUAGGUUGGUUACUAUUCUUAGACGUGUGGGAGAGAAACAGCGACAAUGGCGUUCCGAUCAUUAACGAAAAUAAAAAUAAAAGUGGACAUGAAGCCAGUUGUGGAGAACUUGGUGUUUCGUCUGCACUAUCGGUACACUAAUGUUAUAUACAUGGUGUCUGUGUUGCUCGCUACCCUCUACGGGCUUGUCGGUAAGAAGAUAGACUGCAUGACCGGGAUGUCAUCAUCCUCGUUCAACGACGUGGCCAACAUAUACUGCUUCAUCAUGGGCACGUUCACAGUGGAUCGUCUUCACGGUGUUAAGGUGGGACUAGAAGUGCCCCAUCCCGGCGUAGGUCCCCAGCAACCUGGUGAAUCUAUCACUUACCACACCUACUACCAGUGGGUACCCUUCGUCCUCUUCGUCCAGGGUGUGAUGUUCUACGUGCCUCACUGGCUGUGGAAGAACUGGGAGGGCGGCCUUUUCAGGCAGGUUAUCCAGGACCUCUCAGUCCGCGACUACCUCGGCUCAGACCUCAAGACCUACUUUAGCCGUAAAGACCGGUUCGACACUUUAUCUAAGUACAUCAGCCACCAAAUGGACAAACACAGGUCGUGGGCGUACAAAUUCUUCUUCUGCGAGUCCCUCACUCUUAUGGUGGUGGUGGCCACUCUGUUUUUCACUGACUGGUUCCUGGGCGGUGAAUUCCUUGCCUACGGCGUUAACGUAAUGGAAGUGAUCGGGUUGGACCCUGAGAACCGUACAGACCCGAUGUCGUACGUGUUCCCCAGGAUGGCCAAGUGCACCUUCAAGAGCUUCGGUUCUUCAGGGACCAUCCAAGUGCGAGAUGUCAUGUGCCUCAUCGCCACCAACAUCAUCAACGAGAAGAUCUUCCUCUUCCUGUGGGUGUGGCUGGUGCUCCUUACUGCCCUCACCUCUCUGUGGUUGCUGUUCCGCCUCCUGACAAUCCUCAUACCUCCUCUAAGACACUUAAUACUGAAAAUGUACGUGCAAGAAGAGAGAAGUAGGGAUGUGGCGACGGUAAUGAGGAAGGCCUCCGUCAGCGACUGGUUCCUCAUGGUCAGUCUGGCACAUAAUAUGGAGAUCAACGUCUUCGGAGAGUUCCUCACCUACUUCGCUGCUCAAGACGCCAUCUAUAAGGGCACAACACCCGUCGAUGACUACGAAUGAGGUAGUCUUGAAAUGUGUAUUCAUAAAGAACCCACCGGCUGUCUGCACUUUAUGUGGAGAUCGUUGAUAUCGCCGACAGUCGAUCUUAAUCUUCUGCAUUCUCUUCAGUGUUUCAAAUGGUCAUGCCUACAUUAUUUUUUAUUGUUAAAUGUAUUAUUUUCCAAAUAACUGUGCUCCGGGCAGUCUGACGGGGUACUUCCAUGAUGUUAUGUCAGUGUGAGAUAGUGAGCUCCAUGAUGUUAUAUCAGUGUGAGAUAGUGAGCUCUAUGAUGUUAUGUUAGUGUGAGAUAGUGAGCUCCAAGAUGUUAUAUCAGUGUGAGAUAGUGAGCUCCAUGAUGUUAUGUCAGUGUGAGAUAGUGAACUCCAUGAUGUUAUGUCAGUGUGAGAUAGUGAGCUCCAUGAUGUUAUGUCAGUGUGAGAUAGUGAGCUCCAUGAUGUUAUGUCAGUGUGAGAUAGUGAGCUCCAUGACGUAAUGUCAGUGUGAGAUAGUGAGCUCCAUGAUGUUAUGUCAGUGUGAGAUAGUGAGCCCCAUGAUGUUAUGUCAGUGGGAGAUAGUGAGCUCCAUGACGUAAUGUCAGUGUGAGAUAGUGAGCUCCAUGAUGUUAUAUCAGUGUGAGAUAGUGAGCUCUAUGAUGUUAUAUAUCAGUGUGAGAUAGUGAGCUCCAUGACGUAAUGUCAGUGUGAGAUAGUGAGCUCCAUGAUGUUAUGUCAGUGUGAGAUAGUGAGCUCCAUGAUGUUAUAUCAGUGUGAGAUAGUGAGCUCCAUGACGUAAUGUCAGUGUGAGAUAGUGAGCUCCAUGAUGUUAUAUCAGUGUGAGAUAGUGAGCUCUAUGAUGUUAUAUCAGUGUGAGAUAGUGAGCUCCAUGACGUAAUGUCAGUGUGAGAUAGUGAGCUCCAUGAUGUUAUGUCAGUGUGAGAUAGUGAGCUCCAUGACGUAAUGUCAGUGUGCGAUAGUGAGCUCCAUGAUGUUAUGUCAGUGUGAGAUAGUGAGCCCCAUGAUGUUAUGUCAGUGGGCUAUAGUGAGCUCCAUGACGUAAUGUCAGUGUGAGAUAGUGAGCUCCAUGAUGUUAUAUCAGUGUGAGAUAGUGAGCUCUAUGAUGUUAUAUCAGUGUGAGAUAGUGAGCUCCAUGAUGUUAUUUCAGUGUGAGAUAGUGAGCUCCAUGAUGUUAUGUCACUGCGAGUUAAUAAGCUACGUGAUGUUAUGUCAGGGUGAGAUAGUGAGCUCCAUAAUGUUAAGUCAGUGUGAGUUAAUAAGCAACAUGAUGUUAUGUCAGGAUGAGAUAGUGAGCUCCAUGGUGUUUUGUCAAUGUGACAUAGUGAGCUCCAUGAUGUUAUGUCACUGCGAGUUAAUAAGCUACGUGAUGUUAUGUCAGGGUGAGAUAGUGAGCUACGUGAUGUUAUUUCAGUGUGAGAUAGUGAGCUCCAUGAUGUUAAGUCAGUGUGAGUUAAUAAGCUACGUGAUGUUAUAUCAUUGUGAGAUAGUGAGCUAUAUGAUGUUAUGUCAGUGUGAGAUAGUGAGCUACAUGAUGUUAUAUCAGUGUGAGAUAGUGAGCUACAUGAUGUUAUAUCAGUGUGAGAUAGUGAGUUGCAUGAUGUUAUAUCAGUGUGAGAUAGUGAGCUAUAUGAUGUUAUGUCAGUGUGAGAUAGUGAGCUACAUGAUGUUAUAUCAGUGUGAGAUAGUGAGCUUCAUAGUGUUAUAUCAAUUGAUAUAGUGAGCUUGAUGGUGUUAUGUCAGUGUGAUAUAGUGAGCUAUAUGAUGUUAUACCAGUUGUUACAGUUUCUGGUUACCUGUUGAAUCACUAAUUUGAGGUAAACUGGAAGUAACAUUCACAAAUGUUUAUGGGUUAUGUUUUUAAACCCAAAUGGUCUUUUCUCCAUUUAUUACGAAAAUAAACUAUUGAACAAUA